AUGAGACCCUCCACCCACCACCAGAGCACGUUCAAGGUCGCCAGCGACAAGGUCAAGUACAACGAGGAGCACAUUGAGGCCGAGUACGAGUACCAGACCACCGUCGUGGAGGUCAAGGAUGGUGAGGCCAUCGUCAAGCCCGUCGCCAAGUCCUACACCUUCCGCACCCAGCGCGAUGUGGGCCGCGUCGGUACCAUGAUCGUCGGCCUCGGCGGCAACAACGGUACCACCGUCGUGGCCGGAAUCAUCGCCAAUCGCGAGGGCAUCACCUGGCGCACCAACAAGGGCGUCCAGACCCCCAACUACUGGGGCUCCGUGACCCAGGCCUCGACCCUCCGCCUCGGCUCCGAUGCCGCCGGCGAUGAUGUCUACAUCCCCUUCCACUCGGUCCUGCCGAUGGUGGACCCCAACGAGCUGGUGGUCUCGGGCUGGGACAUUUCGGGCCAGAAUCUGGCGGAGGCGAUGGAGCGCGCGCAGGUGCUGCCAUACGAUCUCCAGCGCCAGCUGGUGCCGCUGAUGAAGGACAUGAAGCCGCUGCCGUCCAUCUACGAGCCGGACUUCAUCGCCGCCAACCAGGCCGACCGCGCCGACAACCUCAUCGAGGGCACCAAGGCCGACCAGCUGGCCAAGAUCAGGAAGGACAUUCGCGAGUUCAAGGAGGCCAACAAGCUCGACCGCGUCAUCGUGCUGUGGUCGGCCAACACCGAGCGCUUCUGCGACGUCGCCACGGGCCUCAACGACACGGCCGACAACCUCAUGGCCUCGAUCAACAACAACGAGAAGGAGGUGUCGCCGUCGACCAUCUUCGCCGUGGCCUCGAUCCUCGAGGGCGCUCCCUACAUCAACGGUUCGCCCCAGAACACCUUCGUGCCCGGCGUCGUCGAGCUCGCCCAGCGCCACAACGUCUCCAUCGCCGGUGACGAUUUCAAGACCGGUCAGACCAAGAUGAAGUCCGUCAUGGUCGACUGGCUCAUCGGUGCCGGUAUCAAGCCCGUGUCGAUCGUCUCCUACAACCAUCUCGGUAACAACGAUGGCAAGAACCUGUCGGCCCCCUCGCAGUUCCGCUCCAAGGAGAUCUCCAAGUCCAACGUCGUCGAUGACAUGGUCGCCUCCAACCAGAUCCUCUACGAGGCCGACGAGCACCCCGACCACGUCGUCGUGAUCAAGUACGUGCCCUACGUCGGCGACUCCAAGCGCGCCCUCGACGAGUACACCUCGCGCAUCUUCCUCGGCGGCCACAACACCAUCGCCAUGCACAACACCUGCGAGGAUUCGCUCCUGGCCGCCCCGCUCAUCAUCGAUCUCAUCAUCCUCAUGGAGCUCAUGGAGCGUAUCGCCGUCAAGGAGACCUCCAACGAGAAGGACGAGUUCGAGAAGUUCCACCCCGUCCAGUCCAUCCUCUCCUACCUCCUCAAGGCCCCCGUCGUGCCCGCCGGUACCCCCGUCGUCAACGCCCUCAUGAAGCAGCGCGCCGCCAUGGAGAACCUCUUCCGCGCCUGCGUCGGCCUGCCCCCCGAGAACAACAUGCUGCUCGAGUGCAAGCUCCGUGAGCGUCCUACUUUCUAA